AUGGAUUUGAGCAACGAAAAACAGCCACAAAGCCAACAGAUAGUCCAGGAAGACCAUGAAUCUUUACAAAAUUGUAGCGAUUCUUCCCAUCAAGACACAGCAAGGCGCUGGAAUUCGUCUAUUUCAAACACGCUCCGCAUAGCCGCCACCUACUGGUGUUUCAUUCUUCUCGGAGCCAACGACAGCUUAUACGGCGUUCUCAUUCCGCGGCUCGAGUCAUUCUACCGUCUCAACUACACAACCGUUUCACUGCUCUUUCUUUCGCCAGUUGCCGGUUUCAUCGCCAGCACGCUCGCAAAUCACUCCAUCCAUGAACGCUUUGGCCAACGUGGUAUUGCACUAAUCGGAGGCUCCUGCCACAUCGUAGCCUACGCCAUCGCGAGCAUACAUCCUCCGUUCCCCGCGCUGGUGGUCGUGUACAUCCUGGUCGGACUAGGAAGCGGGACAAAACAGGCGGCGUGGAACUCGUACGUCGGCGGCAUGCAGAACCCAAACGAGCUCCUCGGGCUACUCCACGGUUUCUACGGAGCCGGCGCCACCAUCAUGCCCUCGGUCGCAAGCAGUCUUUUCACCAAGCGGAACUGGCAGUGGUACAUGAUCUACUACCCCUUGCUGGGCCUGGCUGCUCUGGACAUGGCUUUCUCUCUUUGCACGUUUGCGAACCAGGGCGGACGAUCUUACCGAGAGAAGAACGAAAUCCGGCCCCGCGAGCAUCCCCAGCAACCAGAUGCCUCACCUGAACAGGGACGAAAUGUAUUCUCCCGGUGCUUCACUUCUAUCAAACGCAGCCAAACAGCCCUCUGCCUCAGACAGAAAGUUGUGUUCCUCGGCAGUGCCUUUCUUCUUUCCUACGUUGGCUCAGAAGUGGCAAUGGGAGGGUGGAUGGUGACUUUUCUAACCAAGACUCGACACGGCACCGCGUUUGCCUCUGGGAUCGCUUCGAGCGGGUUUUGGGCCGGCCUCACCGUAGGCAGGUUUGUUCUGGGCUUCGCAACAGCAAGGCUUUUCAGAAGCGUCAAGCUCGCUGUAUCAUGCUAUCUGGGCCUCUCGAUCGUCAUGCAGCUCUUGUUCUGGCUGAUACCAAACUUCAUUGCAUCGGCUAUCAGCGCAGCGUUCUUGGCAAACAUGCCUACGAGGUUGACCAAGACCAGGAAGCACCGCGGCCACGUCUCGGCCGGUCACGGUCGCAUUGGCAAGCACAGGAAGCACCCCGGUGGUCGUGGUCUCGCUGGUGGUCAGCACCACCACAGAACCAAUAUGGACAAGUACCACCCCGGUUACUUCGGUAAGGUCGGUAUGAGGUACUUCCACAAGGUCCAGAGCCAGUUCUACAAGCCCGUCAUCAACCUUGACAAGCUCUGGACCCUCGUCCCCGCCGAGAAGCGCGAUGAGUACCUCAGCGCCAAGUCGGCCGACAAGGCGCCCGUCGUCGACCUCCUCACCUUCGGCUACGCCAAGCUCCUCGGCAAGGGCCGCCUCCCCAACGUCCCCAUCGUCGUCAAGGCCCGCUACGUCAGCGCCGAGGCCGAGCGCAAGAUCAAGGAGGCCGGUGGUGUCAUCCAGCUCGUCGCUUAA